UGCAGAGCUCUGUGUGUGUUUUGCUCCUCUUCUCUUCUUCUUGCUCUGCAAUUCAUUGGCUUUUUCUCGGGUUCUGGUUUUUCAUGCUGCUUUGUUGGCGUGCUCUGUAAAAGCACCCGAACUUACCCCCAGAACGACCUCGUUUCGUCCCUUCAUUCCCUCUUUUAUUUUCCUUCUCGGAGACUUCGAUAAAACUGGAAGGCAAUUUAUUCCUUCUGCCUGAAGAUUUUAAUCAUUCCAGAUUUUUGGUUGCCCGAAUUUUAAUCAUCCGAGAUUUUUUGGGGAGGACGGCGGCGAUUAUGAAUUCAACUCGGACCGAAAUGCAGGAGCCGAGCAUCGACACCGAUAAGCUGAGCUACGAGAUAUUUUCGAUACUGGAGAGCAAGUUCCUGUUUGGCUACGACGAUCAGAAGCUCUGGGUUCCCAAACAGGUAUCUCCGUCCCCCACGCCGGCCUCCGACUCCAAACCCGACCCGGUCCAGCUGGUGGGCGUUCAGCCCCAAUCUGAAAACGGCUUCGGGGCGAUCAAAAACCAGAGGGGCAAAAUCUGCAUUCUCAGCAUCGACGGCGGCGGAGGAAUGAGAGGGAUUCUUUCCGGAAAGGCCUUGGCGUAUCUCGAGCAAGCGUUGAAGCAGAAAUCGGGGAAUCCGGACGCCAGAAUCGCCGAUUACUUCGACGUCGCCACCGGAGCCGGCGUCGGAGGUAUAUUCGCGGCCAUGCUCUUCGCCACCAGAGACCAUGCCCGUCCGAUUUUCAAUGCCGAAGACACGUGGCGCUUCCUCUCCGAUCACGGCAAGAGCUUGUUCAACAACAACCGGUCCUCCUCCUCCGCCUCCUCCCCCGGUUUUAUGCGUCGCCUCUUUCGAAGUUCCGGUUCGGGCUCGGGUUCAACUGGGUCCGCCACGGCCGGUUUGGAAAAAGUAAUGAAAGAGGCGUUCGCCGACGUUGAUAGGACGCUGACGUUGAAAGACACGCUCAAGCCGGUUUUAAUUCCGUGCUACGACCUUUCCAGUAGGGCGCCGUUUCUGUUUUCCAGGGCCGACGCGCUCGAGACCGACAGUUACGACUUCCGCCUCUGGGAGGUCUGCCGCGCCACGUCAGCCGAGCCGGUAAUCUUCCAACCCGUCCAAAUGCAGUCCGUCAACAACCAGACAAAGUGCCUGGCCGUGGACGGCGGCUUGGCCAUGAGCAACCCGACGGCGGCGGCGAUCACGCACGUGCUGCACAACAAGCAGGAGUUCCCGUUCGUGCGAGGGGUCGAGGACAUAAUGGUCCUUUCAAUAGGGAGCGGUCAGUUUCUGGAAGAAGCGAGGUACGAGUACGAGCAAGUGAAGAAGUGGCGAGCCAAGGAAUGGGCUCGGCCCAUUGCCCGAAUCGCCGGCGACGGGUCAGCCGAUCUGGUGGAUCAGUCCGUCGCCAUGGCGUUUGGUCAGUCCGGGAGCAGUAACUACGUGCGCAUUCAGGCAAAUGGGGCAAGCUUGGGACGUUGCGGGCCAAAUGUAGAUACAGACGCAAGUCCUAACAACGUUAAGAAGCUGGUAGGAGUGGCAGAGGAAAUGCUGAAACAGAAGAAUGUUGAAUCGGUGCUCUUUGGCGGUAAGAGGAUCGGCGAGCUGAGCAAUUUCGAGAAGCUCGAUUGGUUUGCCGGAGAACUGGUGCUCGAGCAUCAGAGGAGGAGUUGCAGAAUAGCUCCCACUGUUGCCUUCAAGCAAGCUGCUUCCAAAACAACUUAGAGCUCAAAAGGAGAAUAGAGAGACAUCAUCAAGGAAGGAAGAAAAAACAAGAGGAGAAAAGUAAAUUGCCACAAACAGCUUUUACUUUUUUGUAAGGUGAAUAGGACAAGUAGCCAGUUUGAAAAAAGGGGUGGGGGGAGGGGAGAGAUCUGAGGGGGAUUUCUUUGCCUGCCAGAGGACAUGCAUUUGUGGCUUCCCACUCUCAACCUUUCUCAAUGUCAAGGGACCAAAGUGAGAGAGCUUCAAAAGCUUUUGAGAGGUUACACAGACAAAAAAGAAUCAGGUAUCAUAUAUUCAGUUUCAAAAAUUGAGUACUCAUCAUGGGUGGGAAAAUCUGCUUCCAUGUUUGUUAUUUCGUCCCAUACCCUUUUCUUUCUUAUAUUUUUCACUUUUCCCCCUAGAUGUUUUUCCAUUUCCUGUCUUUUCAUCCUUAUCUCAAGAAACUUGAGGGGUGGUGGUUGGUGGUGGCCGGUGGUGGUACCCAGAAUUGAAAAAAUAGUCAAAGCUAUUUGUCUGCCUUUGGCUUUUUGUUUUUAUUUUCUCAUUGAAUAUAUAUAUAUAUAUAUAUAUAUAGUAGUGGGGUGGGAAAAGUAGUUUUUCAGGUGUGGUGUGGGUUAUAAUUUUGAAGCAACUGACCAUAUCUUUCUCUCCUGGGGGUGGGGUGGGGUGCUUUCUAGUUGUUGGAGCUUUCUGGGGUUGGGGGAGAAAAGUAGUAUUCUUUGGUUUUUCCUGCAUGUUCAAGUGUAUAAUAUUUGAAGUCGCAGAAUUAUUUAAAGAAAGCAAUUUCCACUUUUGUUCUUCUUCUCUUAGCUGUGUACAUUUUUGUAAUUUAAACAAGUGUUUGGUUUGGUUGUUU